UCUAGGCCCCGCCCUCCUCGGGCCUUCCGGCUCCUGCGCUCUGAUUGGCCGGUGUCUGCAGCGAGCGUCGCGAUUGGCUCCCUUGCGGCCGUUGAGAUUUGAACUGCACUUUUGUGGCUUUGCCCGCGCGGCGCCCGGCUCGGAGGCGGGGUUUUGCCUCCGCCUGGCGGGUAUUGGUCGGUCUCUCUACCCACGGGGGUGCCGCGUCGCAGAUUGGUGCGUCUUGUGCCCUCCUUGGUUUUUCCUUCGUUUCAGACCUACAUCCCGAGUUGGAGGAACGGCUGGCGAAGUGCUCUUGUAAGCCCUGUGAGCCACUGGGGGAAAGAUGUCUCCCCAACUGUAUGAGUUCCAUCUGCCCUUAUCCCCAGAGGAGUUGUUGAAAAGUGGAGGGGUGAAUCAGUAUGUCGUGCAAGAGGUACUGUCCAUCAGACAUCUUCCAUCGCACCUUAAAGCAUUUCAGGCUGCCUUUCGAGCUCAGGGGCCCCUGGCUAUGCUGGAGCAUUUUGAUACCAUCUACAGCAUUCUGCAUCACUUUCGAAGUAUAGACCCUGGCCUCAAGGAAGAUACUCUGGAAUUCCUGAUAAAAGUGGUAUCUCGCCACACCCAGGAACUUCCCGCCAUCUUGGAUGAUGCAACUUUGAGUGGGUCCGAUAGAAGCGCACACCUAAAUGCCCUCAAGAUGAACUGCUAUGCUCUGAUAUGCCUCUUGGAAUCCUUUGAGACCAUGGCCAGCCAGAAAAGCCUCAUGGACCUGGCCCUUGGUGGGAAGGGUAGGAAAGCCCGGGCCAAGGCAACCUAUGGCUUUGACUGGGAAGAAGAGAGGCAACCGAUUCUUCAGCUUUUAACACAGCUGCUCCAGUUGGACAUCCGUCACCUGUGGAGUCACUCAGUAAUCGAAGAGGAGUUUGUCAGUUUGGUUACUGGCUGCUGCUACCGCCUCCUGGAGAACCCCACCAUUAGUCACCAGAAGAACCGCUCCACCCGGGAAGCCAUAACACACCUGCUUGGUGUCGCCUUGACACGUUAUAACCAUAUGCUGAGUGCCACUGUGAAGAUCAUCCAGAUGCUGCAGCACUUUGAACACCUGGCAUCUGUACUGGUGGCGGCUGUGAGUCUGUGGGCAACUGAUUAUGGGAUGAAGAGCAUAGUAGGAGAGAUUGUAAGAGAGAUUGGACAGAAGUGUCCCCAGGAGUUGAGUCGGGACCCUUCAGGGGCCAAGGGCUUUGCCGCCUUCCUGACAGAACUAGCGGAGCGUGUCCCGGCCACCCUGAUGUCCAGUGUGUGCAUUCUACUAGAUCAUCUGGAUGGAGAGAAUUACAUGAUGCGCAAUGCCGUGCUGGCGGCCAUGGCGGAGAUGGUGCUGCAGGUUCUGAAUGGAGAUCAGCUGGAGGCGGCAGCCCGAGACACCCGAGACCAGUUCUUGGACACCUUGCAGGCCCACGGCCACGACGUCAGCUCCUUUGUGCGGAGCCGUGUUUUGCAACUCUUUACCCGAAUCGUCCAGCAGAAGGCUCUGCCCCUGACACGUUUCCAGGCAGUGGUGGCCUUAGCAGUGGGGCGUCUGGCAGACAAGUCGGUGCUGGUUUGUAAAAAUGCCAUCCAGCUCCUUGCCAGUUUUCUCGCCAAUAAUCCCUUUUCCUGCAAGCUUAGUGAUACUGACCUUGCUGGACCGCUGCAGAAGGAAACCCAGAAAUUACAAGAGAUGAGGGCCCAGAGGCGAGCUGCAGCUGCUUCCGCAGUGCUGGACCCAGGGGAGGAGUGGGAAGCCAUGCUGCCAGAGUUGAAGGCUACCCUGCAGCAGCUGCUGAAGCUUCCCCAGGAAGGAGAGGGGAUGCCCGAGGAGGUUGCCGAAACAGAGACAGCGGAAGAGGUGGAAGGACGCAUCCGUCGAUUGCUAGCCAAAGCUAGUUACAAGCAGGCCAUCAUUCUCACUCAAGAAGCCAUAGGCCACUUCCAGGAAUCUGAACCCUUCUGUCAUAUGGACCCAGAGGAGUCAGAGAAGACUGCGUUCUUGAAUCUCUUAGGAACUAUCUUCAAAGGCCCAGCAGCUCCCACACAGGAGAAGAAUCCCCAGGGGGCUGCGGGGAACUUGGGCCCAGGAGAGACUGGCUGCAAAGACAAGCCCAGUGUGUCAGAGCCUGAGAAAUGCAGGGAAAACGAUGAGGUGGUGAAGCAGGAGAUGCUGGUGCAGUAUCUGCAGGAUGCCUACAGCUUCUCUCUGAAGAUCACAGAGGCCAUUGGCAUCAUAAGCAAGAUGAUGUAUGAACACACAACUACAGUGGUACAGGAGGUGAUUGAAUUCUUUGUGAUGGUAUUCCAAUUUGGGGUACCCCAGGCCCUGUUCGGGGUGCGCCGCAUGCUGCCUCUCAUCUGGUCGAAGGAGCCUGGUGUCCGGGAAGCUGUGCUGAACGCCUACCGCCAACUUUACCUCAAACCUAAGGGGGACUCUGCCAGAGCCAAGGCCCAGACUUUGAUUCACAAUCUCUCUUUGCUGCUAGUGGAUGCCUCAGUUGGGACCAUUCAGUGUCUUGAGGAAAUUCUCUGUGAGUUUGUGCAGAAGGAUGAAUUGAAACCAGCAGUGACCCAAGUGCUGUGGGAGCGGGCAACGAAGAAGGUGCCCUGCUCUGCUCUGGAGCGCUGUUCUUCUGUCAUGCUUCUCGGGAUGAUGGCACGAGGAAAACCAGAAAUUGUAGGAAGCAACUUAGACACACUGGUGAGCAUAGGGCUGGAUGAGAAGCUUCCACAGGACUACAGGUUGGCCCAACAGGUGUGCCGUGCCAUUGCCAACAUCUCUGACAGGAGGAAGCCUUCUCUGGGCAAACGUCACCCUCCCUUCCGGCUGCCCCAGGAACACUGCUUGUUUGAGCGACUGCAGGAGACGGUCACGAAAGGCGUUGUCUGCCCAGACCCACUCUGGAUCCCAUUCAAGGAGGCGGCAGUGACCCUCAUUUACCAGCUGGCAGAGGGCCCCGAGGUGAUCUGUGCCCGGAUGCUGCAGGGCUGUGCAAAGCAGGCCCUGGAGAAGCUGGGAGAGAAAAGCAUCCCCCAGGAGGCCAUGAAGGACACGCCUGUGCUCCCCACUUUCCUGUUGAUGAACCUGCUGUCCCUGGCCGGGGAUGUGGCUCUGCAGCAGCUGGUGCAUCUGGAGCAGGCAGUGAGUGGAGAGCUCUGUCGGCGCCGAGUUCUUCGGGAAGAACAGGAGCAUAAGACGAAAGAGCCAAAGGAGAAGAAUCCAAGCUCUGAGGCCACCAUGGAGGAGGAGAUGGGGCUGGUUGGGGCUACAGCUGAUGACACCGAGGCAGAACUCAUCCGCGGCAUCUGUGAGCUGGAGCUGCUAGAUGGCAAACAGACACUGGCUGCCUUUGUUCCACUUCUGCUUAAAGUCUGCAACAACCCUGGUCUCUAUAGCAACCCAGAGCUCUCUGCAGCUGCUUCACUUGCCCUCGGCAAGUUCUGCAUGAUCAGUGCCACUUUCUGUGACUCCCAGCUUCGUCUUCUGUUCACCAUGCUAGAAAAGUCUUCGCUCCCCAUCGUUCGAUCUAACCUCAUGAUUGCUACUGGGGAUCUGGCCAUCCGCUUCCCCAACCUGGUGGACCCCUGGACACCUCAUCUGUAUGCUCGUCUCCGGGACCCCGCUCAGCAAGUGCGGAAAACAGCCGGGCUGGUGAUGACCCACCUGAUCCUGAAGGACAUGGUGAAGGUGAAGGGGCAGGUGAGCGAGAUGGCCGUGCUGCUCAUCGACCCUGCCCCUCAGAUCGCUGCCCUGGCCAAGAACUUCUUCAACGAGCUCUCCCACAAGGGCAAUGCGAUCUAUAACCUCCUUCCAGAUAUCAUCAGCCGCCUGUCAGCCCCUGAGGGAGGAGUGGAGGAGGAGCCUUUCCACACCAUCAUGAAGUACAGUUCCCUGGGCCUUGGGGCACGUUUUCCAUUGUCGAGCAGCCUUAGGAAUCAGACAAACCUGCAGCUCCUUUGCUACAUCACCAAGGACAAGCAGACCGAGAGCCUGGUGGAGAAGCUGUGUCAGCGGUUCCGCACGGCCCAGACCGAGCGCCAGUACCGGGACCUGGCCUACUGCGUGUCACAGCUGCCCCUCACAGAGCGGGGUCUCCGCAAGAUGCUGGAAAACUUUGACUGCUUUGGAGAUAAACUGUCAGACGAGUCCAUCUUCAGCGCCUUUUUGUCCGCUGUGGGCAAGUUGCGGCGUGGAGCCAAGCCCGAGGGCAAGGCUGUAAUAGAUGAAUUCGAGCAGAAGCUUCGGGCCUGUCACACCAGAGGUUUGGAUGCAAUAGAGGAACUUGAGAUUGGCCAAGCGGGUAGCCAGAGAGCCCCAUCAGCCAGGAAACAGCCUGCUGUCUCUAGACACCGGCGUCUGGCUUCUGCAGCGUCACACAGUGACUUUGUCACACCUGAGCCCCGCCGUACUACCCGAUGGCAUCCAGACACCCAGCGGCAAGUUUCAAGAAAGAAACUCAGAAUCGUCUUCUCAAGUGAUGAGUCCAGCGAGGAAGAACCGUUAGCAGAGAUGACAGAAGAUGAGACACCCAAGAAAACCACCCCCAUCCGCCGCCGAGCAUCUGCUCACAGGCACAGGUCCUAGGGGCAGCCUUGCCUGUUCCCAACCCUGCUGUGCUGGUGUCUUGUGGAGUGACCUUGAAUUCCGUUCCCCUUGUAAAAUACUUGUUUGCCUGUCUCCUUGUUUUUUUAAUGCAUAAAUGGUCUUUGUAACAGACGGCUUUGCUCUUAAACUAGCCUAACUGAACUGAGUUGAGCUGCUUUCCUUGGAAUAUACAAUUGCCAGUUUCCUAGUUUUCCAAUGAAUAAACGUUUUUAUAUACUUUUA